UCCUCGAUUGAUGUCAAUGUCUGUCAGCUUCAACCUGGGUUCCGCUCUCUUUUCCUUGCUGCAACGUCCGUAGAACCACCAUGGCGCCCAUAUCGCACUUCUUGCCCCCCGCCACGAGCUUGUCAGGCAUCGCCCUGCUGGCCUUGGGCUCUGGUGUUCUUUUGUACCUCAUCAGCCGGGCCUUCUACUCCAUCCCGUACCCCAAGGGAAUGGCGCUUGUGGGCGAACCCCCAGGGGCCACGCGAUUCAGUCUUCGCACGUACUGGCGGUACUACACAGACUGCCGCGGCUUGUUUCGGGAGGCCUACGAUAACUACUCGAAGAAGGGCAAGCCGGUGGUCAUUCCCGGGCUCGGCUUCCGCCACGAGGUCAUCAUGCCUAUAAGUUCCAUGCGCUGGGUACAGACUUAUCCCGAAACGGCGCUCGACUUGGGCAAAGCGUUCGCCGAGGUCGACCAGGUGGAGUGGGCACUGGGCCACGAUCGCUACGUCGAUGACGCGUGGCAUGGGGUCCUCGUGCGGACGGAGCUCAACGCCGUGUUGGAGAACAUCUGCGCCAGCUUGAACGAUGAGCUCGGGAUCGCAUUCGACAAAUGGUUCGGGACCGAUCCCGAGUGGAAGGAGAUCGACCUGUUCGAGUCCGUCAAAAUGGUCGUGGCCCAGGCGGCCAGCCGCUUCACCAUCGGUCCCGGGAUUUGCCGGAACGAAGAAUACCUGAACCUGUCGAUCGACAUAGUCAACCAGCUCAUCAUGAACGCAGGCGCUACGGGGGGCAGCCCUCGCGUCCUGCGGCCCGUAGUCGGAACUUUGGUCAAUCUCACACUGCACAGCAAGGUCAACAGGCUCAAGAAGAUGUUCCAGCCGAUCUGGGAAGAGCGCGUCGAGAUUCUCAAGCACGACCGAGACGACCCGGACCACGUCGAACCGCAAGACCACCUACAGAUGAUGGCCCGCUACGCCAAGGAGCACCGCCCGGAGGAGUUCAACGACAUCGACAUGAUGACGCGGCGCCUCAUCGCCGCCAACUUCGGCUCCAUGCACCAGACCUCCCUCCAGGUCACCAACAUGCUGCUCAACAUCCUGGGCUCCGACGCCGAGUUCAACACCAUCGCCGCCCUGAGGGACGAGGUCGACCGCGUGCUGCACGCCGACGGGGACGGCAACUGGACAAAGGCCAAGGUCAACAGGAUGGUCAAGGCGGACAGCGUCGCGCGCGAGACGCUGCGGCUUAACUCGUUCGGCGGGCGCGCCGUGUUCCGCAAGGUCAUGGUCGACGGGAUCAAGACGCCGGACGGUCAAGGGCUGCCCAAGGGCACCCUCAUCUCCUUCCUCGGCCAGCCGGCGCAGACGGACGGCGAGGUGAUCGAGGACCCCCUCAAAUACGACCCGUUCCGCUUCUCCCGCAUGCGCGAGGACGCCGCCGCCAGGGACGAGAAGGCGCCCGCCGUCUCCUUCGUCACGACGAGCCCCGAGUACCUGCCCUUCGGCCACGGCAAGCACGCGUGCCCCGGCCGGUUUCUCAUCGACUUUGAGCUCAAGAUGAUCAUCGCCUACUUGCUGGGGCACUACGACGUGGAGUUCCCCGCCGAGUACAACGGCAAGCGGCCGGAGAACUACUGGCUGACCGAGGCCUGCUUUCCGCCCGACGGGGCGAGGGUCCGCAUACGGAGAAAGAAAAAUGCCGACGGCAAAUAAAAACACAAGCUUCGGCGGGGGCUGUAGGGGGUUGCCUAGGCCGGGAGAGAAGUAUCGUUAAGAUAGAGCAUGGUGAAGCCGGUGGGAGACUUUUUAUACAAAAAAAUUAAGUCAACAGGUGAUCCCGGUAUCUUCAAUAUGAACCCGUAGUGUAUAAACAGUCUGAUCAUUGAGACCAUCGCAUUUCAGACACUUUAGGGACCACACUCGAAGCCAGUUUUAUGUGUAAGGGGGGUACGUUGGAGAAAGAUUCCGUGAGCUGUAAAGCCUCACGAGUGAGUCACACAUAUGACAGCUCAAAAGUGCGAAGAGAAGCUGUGUUUUGGUGGCGAGUGCUGCAUGGGAGAAGAAGUCCCCUUAAACUAUGUACAUGAAGUUACGAGUUACAACACACGAUGGAUCAUCCUGGACUGUCCUGUUUGAGUAGGCCAUAUGCUGCCCAGGUCGA